AUGUAUUCAACUGGUUUAUUUCUUUUUCUGGCAUCAAUGCUCGGUUUGGUUCAAUCUCAAACAUGGGCUGGUACUUAUACAACGGAUAAUACCUGUCCUACAUCAUCUUGCUGUUGUUUGAGCGGACAAGUCGUCGUUGCAAGUGCAUCGGCGAACACGUACUCAGUGAAUUCGCCGGUCAGUGGCGUAUGUAGCGGUGCUACUACGUAUUCUGGUACUCUUUAUACGAGUGGCUUUGCAGGAUGGAUGAUAGUGAUAUCUGGCAACAAUACUGUCACUCUCAGUUCCGACAGUAAAGUUAUCACCGUGAUUAACUGGAGCAAUCCAUUAUGCAGUGGUUUGGGAACGAAAAGUGCUGGGGACAGAUUGGAUGUUAAUAUUUUUAAACUUUUGAUUCUCUCCGUGAUUUCCAUGAUGAUGAGUUUUCUCUUUUUCUGA